GCUGUAACUGUUCAAGUCUUUUACUUCUGUAAACUCUAUUGGUACAACCUUAAAGAUGGAAAGGAAUAAUUUCCAGGAAACAUUCCCUUCGGCCCUUACUUGUUGACCAGACUAGUACAUGGUGUGAAACACAGAAGGAGCAAGGCCAAGUACUGCUUGUGUUAGCUUGACACAUGCACCAAAUAAGCCAAUAAGAAGAGGAGGAGGAGGAGGAGAAGGAGGAGGAGCAAAGCUUCUUGAUUAGAAUGGAUCGAGGAGAAAGAGAAGUUCCAAAUUACGGGCUACAAGUCUCUUUCUCUACACCACAAGCAAUCCAUGAGAUGGGUUUUGUUCAAUUCGAAGAAAACCAGGUCUUGAGCUUCUUGGCCCCUUCACAAUCUUCUCAGAUAUCUCAACCGCUCAACACAAAUACAACCACCAAUAUUCACAUGGGGUUUACUCAUAAUGAUGAGCAGGUGGGGACAAUGAAUCCAAAGCCUUCCAGUGAUGAGAACUGCACCGGUAAUGCUAACAACGACGGCAACAAUUCAUGGUGGAGGAGCUCACCCUCAGAGAAAAACAGGUUGAAAGUGAGGAGAAAGCUUAGAGAACCGAGGUUUUGUUUUCAGACAAGGAGCGAUGUGGAUGUUCUUGAUGAUGGCUAUAAGUGGAGAAAAUAUGGGCAAAAAGUUGUCAAAAACAGCCUUCAUCCAAGGAGCUACUAUCGUUGUACUCACAACAACUGUCGAGUGAAGAAGAGGGUUGAAAGAUUAUCAGAGGAUUGUCGAAUGGUGAUAACAACCUAUGAAGGGAGACACAAUCACUCUCCAUGCGAUGACUCAAAUUCAUCAGAACAUGAAUGCUUUACCUCCUUCUAAUACAUGCUUUAGUUUAAGUAUUAAGAAAGACAUUGUUGUAAUAUUAGAAUCAUGUUGUAUAACGUGUCAUCAGCUUGUGACAAUACUUGCUAGUACAUGAUUUUGAGGGGUUUUCAUCUUCCCAAGAUCAACAAAUUCUGACAA